AUGCCGCUGCAAAUGGACAACAUCGCCGCCGAGCUGACGUGCGCACAGGGCUGCCGCGCCGGCCGCGUUUAUGUGGGGGCCGCGGACGGAAGCGUGCUCGCGAUCGCCGCGAACGGGGCCGGCGAGCUGCCGCUGGCGCACGCGCGAUGGGGGCUCCGCGUGUGCGCGCGUGCAGUCACGAGUGUGUGCGGCGUUGAAGCUGGCGAGGACGCGCUGCUGCUGGUCGGCAGCGCCGGCGGAGAGCUCGUGGUGCUGCGCGAGGAGCUGGAGGUGCGGCGGUUCCAGUUGGAGAGCGCCGUGCAGCAGAUUUGCUACGAUCGGAACGGAGAGUUCAUUGUGGGGGACGCGCUGGGCAAUUUGUACGCGGUGACGCAGUACGAGAUCCUCUGGAAGAGGCGACUUCCUGCUAUUGCCCCGAGAUACGACGACGGUGGUGCGGAAUGCUUCUACCCGGCAGUUGCCCAGCCUUUGGUGCGCGCGAUCGCGCGCGCUAAGCUAUUGGACAUCGAGAAGACGCUGUCCAACUACAUUCUGGUUGCUACAGGCCAGAAGCACUUGCUGAUGACUCAUCGCGGCAAGGAGUUUGGAGUUAUUCCUUCCCGGACGCCAAUUGCAACCCUCGCAAGCUUUUCAGUCGGCGAUGACGACGUCGUGCUGGCAGCUGGAGAAGAAGGGGUUAUCUAUCGCCUUGUACGCUACCGAGACAAGGCGCCAAAGGAUAUGCCAGCAGUUCGCUUCACGCUGGAGGUGUGGACGCAAGUCUCGUUCCCCAUUACCAAGCUGCUGCCUGCCAGUAGCAGUGGCAACAUCAACACGCCGUAA